AUGUACAUGAACUAUGUGUUCUGGGCAUUUAAACCUGCAAUAGAAGGCUUCAAGUAUUGUCGUCCGGUGAUAUGCAUUGACGACACACACUUGUACAGGAAAUACGAAGGGAAGAUUGUUGCAGCCACUGCAGUGACUGCUGCGAACAAGAUUGUACCUCUUGCCUUUGCCGUUGUUGACAAGGAGAUGAUCCAGAGUUUGGGUUGGUUCAUUACUCUACUUAGGCAACAUGUGUGCCGUGACCGAGAGGAGGUGACAUUGAUAUCUAAUCGACACAUAGCUUUGCUUAGUGUCAUGUCAAGAAUUUGGGACAAUCCAGCAGUUCAACCAAGAGGGUACCAUAGGUAUUGCUUGCGACACAUAUGUAGCAAUUUCAAUGACAGAUUCGGCAAUACAAUAGCGAAGGAUCUUGUGUGGAGAGAUGGUUCUGCACGGCAAGUGCGGAAGUUUAACAAGAUUAUGGACGAUAUCUACAAGCUCGAGAAGAAUGUUGAACGACGGUUUAGUCGGAUGAACCCUAUUCAUUGGACAUUGUGCCAUGAUGGUGGUCGUAUAUGCAGAUGGAUUAAAGCUAUUUCAAACCCUCCUCCUCCUCCUCGUUUCUUCGAUGUCCUCUCUCUCACCGCUGUCCCAUCCACCACCGCCACGGCCGUCUUCAUUCACCACUGUGGUCCCCUCCGCCACCGCCGUCAACCAGUACCGCCUCCGCCACCGCCACCGCCGUCCUCCACCACCGUAGCAGAAACUAUGCAAAGGAACUGUGAGGCAUCUGUGAAAUGCCUCCAUAUCAAGGGAUACCCUUACAAUCUGCAAUGUAAUGGGAGUCCCAUCGAAGGUUUUCCAGAGGUCAAAGAUGAAUUCUGUGCUCAUGCAGGUGGGAACAUUGUGGAACCGGAUCCCUCAUUAAACAGUGAAUCUCUUGAAUCUGCAAAUGAGUUUCAUAAGAAACCCACCUAUCCAAAUGAUUUUGACUCCUGGUUGACCUUCCAUCCUGACUCUAAUGUGCAGCGGUGCCAGUUGAAUUGUUUUGAGGGCCAAUUUUACCCUUUUCUGGUGGAUAACCGUUUCCAAUAUGCUCCACUCAAUUUCUUCCGUCAAAGUUACCCUUAUGAGUACCAGUUCCAAGAUUUUCAAUAUUUUGUGGUUAUAGACUUUGAGGCUACAUGUGACAAGGGAAGGAAUCCUCAUCCACAAGAGAUAAUUGAGUUUCCAUCUGUGAUAGUGAGUAGUGUGACUGGACAAUUAGAAGCUUGUUUCCAAACAUAUGUGAAGCCAACAUGCAACCAGCUCCUAAGUGAUUUCUGCAAGGAUCUCACAGGCAUCCAGCAAAUUCAGGUGGAUAGAGGUGUUAGUUUGAGUGAAGCCCUCCUCAGGCAUGAUAAGUGGCUUGAGAAGAAGGGAAUAAAGAACACCAACUUUGCUGUGGUUACUUGGUCGAAUUGGGAUUGUCGGGUGAUGUUGGAAUCUGAGUGCCGAUACAAGAAGAUCAGAAAGCCUCCUUAUUUCAACCGAUGGAUCAACUUGAAAGUUCCUUUCCAUGAGCUUUUUGGUGGUGUGAGGUGCAAUCUGAAGGAGGCGGUUCAGAUGGCUGGCCUGGCAUGGCAGGGCCGAGCUCACUGUGGCCUAGAUGAUGCAAAAAAUACUGCCCGCUUACUUGCUUUCCUCAUGCACAAGGGCUUCAAAUUCUUCAUUACGGACAAACUGAUGUGUCAGUCUACUGACCAUUCCUCAACAUGGAAGCAGCCCCAGGAACACCUGCCCAUCCCUCCAUAUCACCCUCACAAACUGAAGGACCUCCAUAAUCCUCUGAUCCAGCUUCAUCCUUUGUGUUACUGUGGGGUGAAGAGCAGCAAAGGGAUGGUUCGGAAGCCUGGUCCAAAGCAAGGGAGCUUCUUUUUUGGUUGUGGGAACUGGACUGCUGCUAGAGGUGCCCGUUGCCUGUACUUUGAAUGGGCUUCUCCUUGACUAGAGGGAAGAAUUGACUUCUCUUUCCAUCAAUGAACACAGCUUAAAAUUUGUUGUCUUCUGUAAAAAUGGUAAGUCAGGUUGCCUCCUGGAGGAACCAAACAUGCAUUAGCUGCUUGGUGAGGCUUUUGCUUCUUGAGUAGUAAAUAUAGAUAGUUGACUGAAAAAAACGUGUUUGGUUAUUGCAGUGCUCAUAUAGGGGAAAUGAAAGUACCUGUGUCUGGUUAAACUGACUUUUUGUUGACAGAAAACUCAACAAAUUGGGAAUGUGAGGAAUGGGUGGUUAGGAUGAUGCUUUCACUGGUCACCAUAUAAUUAAUUAUCUUAAAUAAACUGUGAAAUAGGGACAGUUGUUUGCACCUAAACAUUUCAAUGGGAAUUUGUAGGCUUUGCUUGCAUCAAGAAUGUUGCUUUUGGGUUUAUUUUUGCUUUGUAUAAUGUCAAAUUGCUGUUUUGGUUUGA